ACUUCCUCAUUUAGAAAUAUUGAAGUCGGUUUAAAAAAACAUAGUCUUGCUAAUCCAAUUAAUCUAAGAGUAAUAGCUACCUCAUUGGACAAACAAAGUUAACGUUUAACGCUAAGAGCAAACAAUAGCGUGUGCUCAUCGAGCUCACUAGAAAUUGUACCGCGUCGUAGAGUGCAUGGAAAAUGCCACUAAAAAUAGCGAUUGAUAUUAUACCUAGUGAAUUUAAAUACCGAAAUCGUUAACUUAUCGUUCACAAUGUUUCACCAAACUUCAACUGCAUCCCGCGAGUUUAACUAUACAAUGUGGGCUGAGUUUUUAGAAGAAGCAUUGCCUAAAGAGUAUGUUUACUCCAAGGUGAUAUACGCAAUAUCCAUGUUCUGCAUAUUUACGGUCAGCCUUAUAGGAAAUUUACUUACGUGCGUUGUCAUUUACUACGACAAAUCUAUGCAUACUGCAACUAAUUAUUACCUAUUCAAUUUAGCCGUGUCAGACUUGAUCGUCACCUUCUGCAUCCUACUGGCGGUGCAAGAGAAACUGAGUGACGCCUACAUCUAUGGCCAGCUGGCGUGCCAAAUAUAUUUCGUGUGUGUGGUCUGCUCGUGGAACAACAGUAUCCUGACCAUAACUGCCUUGUCUAUUGAGAGAUACAUGGCCAUUAUGCGCCCUUUAUUAUUGAAAUCAACUCCAAUAUGGCGGAGAGUAACCAAAAUAAUUGUCUUAUUGUGGCUUAUAGCGAUUUUGGAGACAGUCCCAGAAUUGUUUACAGUUUCAGCAAUUACGACUCAACAAUCAAGCAUAUGUUUCACGAUUCCGACCGCUUUAUCCAGGGUUGUAAACGGAGUGCUAGCAAUUAUAACGUUUCUGAUACCACUUCUAAUAAUGACGUUUGUAUAUACAAUGAUCGCAGUAAAAGUUAAUGUCACACCGAAAGACUAUUCAAGUAAUCAGAUUUUCAAUUAUCGAAAUCCCAGAAGCAAAGUUAACAAAUUAUUAGUAGCUAUGACGCUGUCAUUCCUAAUCUGCUGGCUGCCGUUCUUCGCCAUCCGAGUCAUGGUCGCCACCCUGGACGUCCAGCAGCUGAAAGAUUCCGCUGAGUGGUGGGGGCUCGGAUAUAGAGUUACAGACAUCAACAGCUGGUUUAGCAUCGCAAUAAAUCCAAUUCUCUUCAGCCUUAUGUCCACUAAAUUCAGAAAGGCUCUAAAGUCGUUUUGGAAUACGAAACUUAGGAGCAAGCGUCACCUGAAGUCCCAGCGCAGGUGUAAUACGUGUACGAGGGUAUAAUAAUUCUUAAUUACGAAAAAGGGUGCGAUAGUCGAGCAGAUAAUGGCUUGUAAUAUCCUUGAAAUACUUCAUUGAUAACAUUUUGAAUACUGAUAGACGAUGAGAAGCAUCAAAACUACAAUAUUGAAGUAUCCGCUAGUAAUUAAUUGAUAGAUUUUAGGUUCCUAAGAAGUAGGUAUCUGCUUUUUAAUUUUUGUAUUAAUUCAUCUCUUGCAAGAGUGGUACCUAAGGGUGAAUUGCAAAAAAAUGUACAUACUUAAGAACUGUAAUUAUUAUUAAUGAUUCCAUUGUACUACGACAAUUAAGGAGUUUUAUAAUUUAAGUUACAUGCAUGUGUGUUGGCGUAAGCCGGCCAUACACACUAGGGUAU